AAUUUCAACAUGGCGUGUUCUGUUAUCAGUGAUAAACACUAGAAGGUUUCAUCAUCCUAUGAGAACCUUCGUUCCUAUUGCCCCAUGCAGAAUGCUGGACAACAGUACGGCCAAGGAGGUGCAUCCUCCCACCAAACGGCACCUUUCAGCGGUCAUGCAGAAACGACGGCAUCUGGUGGAAGCAUAACAACCUCCCUUAGGCAAUUUAGAAGAAAAAUUGAAGAAAAACACCCUCAUAGUGAUAGCAACAAUUCGUCAACGGCACCAACCGAAAGUCAUGUAGCAAGAGUGGCGCCCCAUAGUCAUUAUCCUCCUAGAUCCACUGCCGAAAAUUACCGAUUUCCACAUCAAUAUCAAGAUUAUGGAUUGCAGCAACCUGUAAAAUACUCCGAGAUCUCUGAACCGCAUCCCUCGCUGCAGGAACACAUAUCACCAUCGGUAAUACAGAAAGCGAAGAGUAAGGAAUAUAUGGAAAUGUGCAAUGUUCAACAACAGCAUAUGAAACCGGCUUACGAUCAUCUAAAUGGCCAGCAAAAUUACCCCGAAGGAAAUGUCCAUCCACAUUCACAAUAUAUGCAUAAGGAACCGCAGGUUCAUCCAGCGUACAAACCAGAAUCUCAAUACUUCCCAAAGGAUCCACAAUACUCUCCACAGAUGCCGCAUCAGAUUCCAAAGUACAACAUGCCGACUCAAGUUCGGAAGUAUCCGGCCGAAAACGACUUUCUGUCAAAAUUACGACGCAUCCAUCCCACCAUGGCCCGAUCCAUUAUGAGCGACCAUCAUUUACAAGAAUCACAAAAUUCUUAUCAAACCAUGGAGCAAAACAGAAUGUAUCCACAUCAUCAAAGCCAAAGGUAUAUGAAUUAUCCUAACAUGCAAAAUAGUGCCUACUCUCACGGAUAUAUGCCCUAUUCGAACUACCCGCCUAGUUGCAGUUAUAAUAGACCAUCGCAAAUAGCUCCUAGAUUUCCGGUCAAUCCCCACGAAAGGAGCAUUUCUCCUAGACGAGGAUACCCCGAGAAUAUGGGACUUCCGAUGAAUUACGGGGGACUACCGGCCCAGAAGAUGCCUCCAAACUACUCGCAAUAUAACGCUCCCGAAUAUGCUCAACAUUAUCAGCAUAGACGGGCGCCGGUUACACAAGAGUAUUAUCAACAGCAUUGCAGUCCCACACAGUACUUGCCACCUCAUCAAAUGCCGCCCCAGGAAAUCCCAGAAAACAGAGUGACUGUCUCAGACAGCAUAAAACAUUAUAUCGAAAACUGGGCGGAUGAAGAUACUGCGUCAGAAAUGAACCAAAUGGAAAGUUCAAGGAUUUGUAAAGAUGGUAUCAGAGGACGUGACGAUCAGUCUACUGAAACCGUUUAUAUGAUCUCAUCUUCGGAGUUGGAAUAUAUAGAAAACGGACUAAUAACUUCCGAAAGUGGAAUUCCUGUACCUGUGGUGACUUCUGAAACCGGCCAGUACAUAAUUAAGUCGGGGGUCUCGAUAGAUAACGGAUCAGAGAUGGUGAGAUUAGUCGAAAAGAGCAGCCAACUUGAAAUCGAUCCUGCGACGGGCGAACGAGUGGUCAAUCUACAUAUAAUGGAUCCCGCCAAACCCGACUGUAUGCUAGCCAAUAGACCAAACGAUUUGAACCAGAGACAACCAGCAGAUGCUUCCUUUGCUAUACCAGAAAAACCUCGAGUUGUAGUCCAUCAAAAUACGGUAAUACAGUCUGGUGUGCAAAACACCCAUGUAAAGAAGGAUCCGGUAUCGCCUGUGACUGAUGCGAGUAAACUAGGUUCUAGUUUACCGAUAAUUACUACGGACACGUUUGAGGAAGAACUAAGUCGAACGGUUAUUAGUGAAAAUCGGAAGGAAACUGCCGAUAAAAAUUGCUCACCGAUUAAUUUAGACCAAUUAGAACAGUACAAAGAACAAGAGGAAGAAAUUACUUCUCUUAAAACGACCACCGACAGUUUAGUAGAGGAAUUAGCUAGUAUCCAAGAAAUGCCUGUCUCGCCCAGAACUAUACCUUUUGAAGAUGCUCAUUUACAUUCUAAGACUGAAGAUAAGAAAGAUCAUACUGAUAAUCUAGUUGAAGAUCCUCAUAAAGACAUUGAAAAUUUAUUACACGAUACUGUCGAUGAUACAGGUGCAAUAGUCAGUCAGGAAGAAAGUAGUACUCCGAAAACUGACAUUACAGAAAGUGAUACCGAGACAACAGCUAACAUAUCAACGGAAGAAAAUUUAUCAACAGAAGAAACUUUUAAUAAUGAGACUGAUCAACAAUCAAUUAUUAGCGAUAACGUUGAGAGAGAAAUAACCCCACCGCUUGCUCCUAUAAACGAAGUUGCGCAUUCAGAAAUUUCUAACAGUGAUGAGAGUGUUUUGGAAGCCAACAAUGAUGUAGAUCCUGGCACUUUUGCACGAAAAGCUGACGAUGAGAAAAAUGUUAAUACUUUGGAAAUCGCAGAAAAGGAAAAAAGCACUAUGUCCGUUAUUAUAAAACGGAAGGAACAUGAGACUACGGAGAAUCCGCUGCAAACAAAAUGUCUAAAGCCAACAACGAAGCGUUCUAGACGAAUUUUUUCCGUAGACGAUAUAAUAAACAACAUUGGAAAAAAAUUAAAACAAAACGAAACUGACAGCUUAACGAGAAGAUACAGUCUUAAAACCACAAAAGAAUUUUUGGAAAUGGAAACGAAAAACACUUUUAAAAUCAAUCAGCCAGAUAUAGUUAAUAGGGAGAAAACUGAAUUUAUCAUAGAAAACUUGAUAGCCUCCAAAACUAAUAAUACGUCAGCGGUUAGAAUAAUGUCAGAGCUCAAUGAAAGUACAAGCUGUUCAGAUAAUAAACGUUUAGAACCAACAUCUGAGGAUCCUGCAAAUAUUGAACCUGAUGAAACUCCCGCAAAUUGUACAAUUAUUGAAAACAUUAAAUGUCAUUCUCCAAGUCAAGCCACAUCAGGCUCAAACGUUGAAUCCUUGUCAAAUUCUAUAACUGAAAAGACUGAAAUCACAAGUGAAAGUUUACCCGACUCAAAAACGGAGGUGGUUGAAGAUCACAUGCAAGAAAUAUCAGAAAAUAAAUUAGAGUUUACAAUUGAUGACCAAUCUCAAUCAAAAAACGAUCAAAAAUCGUCUAUUACAAUUGAUGACCAAUCUCAAUCACAAAACGAUCAAAAAUCGUCUACCUCAAAUGUAAACGACUAUGAUGACUCUAUUACCAAAACUGAAGAUCAAUCUUGCAGCACGCAAGUUUUAAAAACUGAAGACUCAUGUAAUACUGAAGUUAUGGACCAAGUUGACACUAACAAUGGGCCCCUUUUGGAGGAAAAUCAAACUAAAACUAAAAUUGAAGAUACUGAACAAGCUCCAAACAACAUAUUAACGAGUUUCGGUGAAAAUAUUGUGUCAGAAGCAAAACUAGAUCAAGUCGAGGUGCAAGAUACUGUUGAACCUCAUAAUUCCACCGAUCACACUUCAGUUUCUAUUAUAAACAGUCAAGAAAAUAACAGUUUAUCAGACUACAUACCAAAAGACGAUACUGUGAAUCUAUUGCCGGAUAUUUCAGAAAUUAAUUCAAACGAAACAUCGGUUAAAUCACCGGAAACAGUUAUUCAAAAUGUAGAACCGGCGGUUUCGAAGGACCAACUUUAUUCUCCAAAUGAUUCUGAAAAACAAGUAGAAGAUUUGGCUGAAGAUGCUGAGGUCGUCGAUAGUCGAAACACCAGUAGCUUGCAAGAAGAUGAUUGUAUAACUGAAUUGAAUGCGUCAUCGAUUGUACCCGAAAACGUAUUUGAUUCAAAUGAUAUUGUUUCACAAGAACCAAUAAUUGCAGUUGAGGAAGUGAUAUGCGAUUCCAAAGAUAACGAGUCACAAGCGUCUAUCCCUUCAAACGCGGAAGAGAUUUUGGGUUUGUCCGAAGACUUUUCCAAUUCUGUCGAAAAUACUAAAACGAGUUUUAACGAAGACGUACCAGAAGCAACUUGUGAUCUCAAAGCUACUACAGAAGAUAGAAAUUUGGUAGAAGUACCACAGUCUGUAGACCACAAAGUACCUGAUCAACCAGAAGUGCAAUACAGAAACGUGAUUCGAGUAGAAGAAUCUAGCGUUUUACUUGAAAUAGCUGGAGAAUUGGUAGAAAUAAAUGUUAAUAAUAUUAACGGUAAAAAUAUAAUAACGGUGGUGCCGAUAUCAGACACUGCUGUCGUGGAUUUUAAUGAUAACUACGAAAAUUUUGAUAACGUUGAUGCUACAGAUCCGUUAAAAUUGGAUGAGCUUCCUGCAGAUCCGGCUAUCGAGAACGAAACGAAGGAGCUAGAACCGGAAGUUCAAGAAACUACCAGUGAAAUUAUAAUCGGAAUGGAUUUGAGUCUAGAAGAAGAAAUCCAACUCGACGUGGACCAGCCUCCAGUACUCUGUACGAAAGCCGCUAAAAAGGCUUAUGACUGCGACUUACAGAUUCCCUCAAUUACUACCAGUGAAGAUAUAUUAGACAAAAAUAGAUCGGCUAGAUAUAACGAAAAUGAUAAAGUGAGCUCGAGUAAAGAAAAAACGAAGAAAUCUAAAAGGUCAAAACCUGAUUCGUCCAAACAAACAAAACAGUCGAAAAGACCUAGUAGUAAAAGUGAUAAACAAUCGAUAUUUAGGGAUCUCAUAGCAGCAAGAAACCGAAAAAAACUUAAAGUUGAGAAUAUUGAUCCAGACGAAGAUGAAUUUGUGCCGUUUAAAGAACUUGUCAAAGCACGAAAAUUACGAAAGAGUAAACAGAAAGAACGAAAAAAUACUGAAGACUCCAAUGUUGAUUCGACUAAUAAAAUUGAAGAAAUUAACAAAGAGAAUGAACAAUCUGAAGAACUGGAAGAAAAAAUUGCAGUCACUAACAGUGAAAUCGAAAACGCUGAAACAACUACAACCGCAGAAAGUGAAAAUUGUACAAAUCUAGUAGAAAAAUCAACUCCAACUGAAGAAACCAAAGAAGAGAAGAAACCUGCUUCGAUUGAACCUAAACUUGUCAAACGAGUAUCUUUUAGUGAUAUACAUGAGGAAAUUAAACAAAUAGAACCCAAAAUUGACAGUCAACACGAAGAGCCUAAAGAUGUAUCACUAUUGCAAGCUAAAGAAGACUUAAAACUAAACCGACCAAAUGGGUGCGUUUCGAAAUCAUCGCAUGGCAAGAAAAAAUUGAGUCUCGAGGAAUACAUUCGUCGAAAACGAAAAUUGCAUAGCGAUACCAAAGGAGAAUGUUCAGAAAUAAAAAAGCAAAAAAUCGACAGACAGCUGUCAGCUAUUGAGUUAGCUAAACCCAACCCGGAAAAAAUUAAACUCAACCGAGCUAAAUCUUUGGACGAUAUAAACAUGCUCAAGUCCAAAGAUUGCCAAAAAAAGAAGCUCUAUCAUGAAUACUCUCCUGUCAAGCAAAACUAUUUCGAUUGGGAAGAAACUCAAUCGCCGAAAGUUAACUUGAACCGCAAAGAUCAAGAUAAGAAGCUUUGCGAAUUCAAAGGUCUCAUAUUGGAUAAUAAUAAGCCAAAAGUAGUCAUAGACAUAAACGAUCUCAGCUCAAGACCGAGUACUGAAAGUUCCGAGGACGAAAUCCUUCAAAAUUAUAAAGAACAAGUCGAAUCAAAAUUGAAUACCUUAAAUAUUCAAAUCCCCCGAACAGUCAAACCUAUAGAGAGACAAGUGAUAGAAACGUUUUCCAAAUCCGAGAUGAACACUUUGAUUGAAAGGUUUCUGAAGAAUGAGAAGUUAAGCAGUGAAGAAAUGGAAAAAAUUCGUAAAAUUAUUUCGUACAAAAGGUUAAUGCAACAGUUAAAGAAGAUUAGGACGCACGAUCUCCCGCGAACUACAUCGGCCAACCAGCCCUAUAAAGUUCGUAAGGAGAUCAGCGAUAAGCAGACGAAAAUGUUAUUAAAAAAGGUAUCAGAAAAGAAGAAAAGUCGCUUUCGAAACCUCUACACGCACUCCGAUAGUGAGUCGGAGACCGAUUUACGGGAUAAAUCGAAGUGCAGUGGGGAUUACUCAGUAGUUCAAUCGAACUGUUUGGCUGGAGUCGUGCCUAAACUUAUUAUUAAGAGAAAACCGGAAAUGCCUUUGCCGUUUGUUAGGUUAGAAAGGCUAGAUCUAGGUUUACUCGAUGAAAAAAAUAAGAAAUACGCCCUUUAA